AUGAUGUUUAACCCCAAUUUCACCCCAAAACCGCCAAACUUCACUCCAAAAUUUCCCGGCCUGUACGUGCUGCUCCGCGUGCGGCUCAACCUGCACCGCGGCCUGUACGUGCUGCUCCGCGUGCGGCUCAACCUGUGCCGGCUCUGGUUUAACCCCAAUUUCCCAUGCGGCCUGUACGUGCUGCUCCGCGUGCGGCUCAACCUGUGGCGCGGCCUGUACGUGCUGCUCCGCGUGCGGCUCAACCUGCGCCGGUUCUGGUUUAACCCCAAUUUCCCAUGCGGCCUGUACGUGCUGCUCCGCGUGCGGCUCAACCUGUGGCGCGGCCUGUACGUGCUGCUCCGCGUGCGGCUCAACCUGCGCCGGUUCUGGUUCAACCCCAAUUUCCCAUGCGGCCUGUACGUGCUGCUCCGCGUGCGGCUCAACCUGUGGCGCUUCGGCCGCUCGGGCCGCUCGGUGCCGGCGCUGUUCGGGGGCGUGGCGCGGCGCGCGCCGGCCAAGGCGGCGCUGGUGGACGCGGCGUCGGGCGCGGUGUGGAGCUUCGCGCACCUGGCGCAGGUGUCGGACGCCGUGGCGCACCUGUGCCCCGCGCUGGGGCUGCGCCCGGGCCACGUGGUGGCCGUGCUCAUGGAGGCGCGGCCCGAGUUCGUGGCGCUCUGGCUGGGCCUGGCCAAGGCCGGCGUGGAGGCGGCGCUGCUCAGCUCGCACCUGCGCCAGGAGGGGCUGCUGCACGGGCUCACCUGCGCCGGGGGCCAGCGCCGUGGUGUUCGGCACCGAGCUGGGAGCAGGGCGCUGCUCAGCUCGCACCUGCGCCAGGAGGGGCUGCUGCACGGGCUCACCUGCGCCGGGGCUCGGGCUGUGGUGUUCGGCACCGAGCUGGGAGCAGGUGAGAGCUGGGGAGGGGCUCAGGCGGGCAGGGCGCUGCUCAGCUCGCACCUGCGCCGCGAGGGGCUGCUGCACGGGCUCACCUGCGCCGGGGCCAGGGCUGUGGUGUUCGGCACCGAGCUGGGAGCAGGUGAGCGCUGGGGAGGUGGGGGAGGGCUCAGGUGGGCUCAGGCGGGCAGGGCGCUGCUCAGCUCGCACCUGCGCCGCGAGGGGCUGCUGCACGGGCUCACCUGCGCCGGGGCCAGGGCUGUGGUGUUCGGCACCGAGCUGGGAGCAGCUCUCACCGAGGUGAGCGCCGCCCUGGACCCGCGGAUGCAGAAAUUCUCCUGGGGCCCCCCGGAUUGGGGGCCCAGCCCAGAGGGGACCCAGGCCCUGGAGCCCCUCCUGGAGAGAGCCCCCAAAUCCCCCUACGAGAUCGACCCCGGGAAGGGCAUGGAUGACCGUCUGUUCUACAUCUACACCUCGGGCACCACCGGCCUGCCCAAGGCGGCCAUCGUGGUGCACAGCAGGUAUUACCGCAUCGCUGCCUUUGGUUAUUUCGCUUUCCGGAUGCGCCCCGAUGACGUCAUCUACACCUGCCUGCCGCUCUACCACGCGGCAGGGAACAUCCUGGGGGUGGGGCAGUGCCUCCUGCACGGCCUCACCGUCGUCAUCCGCAGGAAAUUCUCGGCCUCCAGAUUUUGGGACGAUUGCGUCAAAUAUCGCUGCACGGUGGUGCAGUACAUCGGGGAGCUGUGCCGGUUCCUGCUGGCGCAGCCCGAGGCCGAGGCCGAGCGCCGGCACCGCGUGCGCCUGGCGCUGGGGAACGGGCUCCGCGCCGAGCUCUGGCCGCGCUUCCAGCGCCGCUUCCGCCUGCGCCGCAUCGGCGAGUUCUACGGGGCCACCGAGUGCAACUGCAGCCUGGCCAACGUCGAUGGCAAGGUGGGCGCGUGCGGGUUCAACAGCCGCCUGCUGCCCGGCGUGUACCCGGUGCGGCUGCUGCGCGUGCAGCCCGGCUCGCUGCAGCCGCUGCGCGACGCCCGCGGCCUCUGCGUGCCCUGCGGCCCAGGGGAGCCCGGGCUGCUGGUGGGCCGCAUCGACCAGCGGGACCCCCUGCGCCGCUUCGACGGCUACGUCAGCGCCGGCGCCACGCGCGGCAAGAUCGUCCGCGACGUGCUGGCCAAGGGCGACCAGGCCUACCUGUCAGGGGAUGUUCUGGUGAUGGAUGACCUGGGCUACCUGUACUUUCGGGACCGGGCCGGGGACACGUUCCGCUGGCGGGGCGAGAACGUCUCCAGCACCGAGGUCGAGGGCGCCCUGAGCCGCCUGCUGGGCCAGGCCGACGUCGCCGUCUACGGCGUCGAGAUUCCCGGCGUGGAGGGGCGGGCGGGCAUGGCGGCCAUCGCGGACCCCGCCGCCCGGGUGGACGUGGGUGCCCUGUACCCCGCGCUGUGCCCGCUGCUGCCGCCCUACGCCCGGCCCGUCUUCAUCCGCCUGCGCCCGCGGCUCGACAGCACCAGCACCUUCAAGCUGCAGAAGACGCGGCUGCGGGGGGAGGGCUGGGACCCCCGGGUGGUGGCCGAGCCCCUCUUCGUGCUGGACCCCCAGAGGGGCCGCUACGUGCCCCUGGACGCGGAGAUGCACGCCCGGCUCUGCUCCGGGAAAUCCGGGUUCUGAGCACGGAAAUCCUGCUGGAAAACCCGAAAAUCCCCCUGGAAAACCUCCCUGGGAUCCCGAAAAUCUGAAAAUCCCACUGGAAAACCUCCCUGGGAUCCCAAAAAUCUGAAAAUCCCACUGAAAAACCAGCCUGGGAUCCCAAAAAUCUGAAAAUCCCACUGAAAAACCAGCCUGGGAUCCCGAAAAUCUGAAAAUCCCACUGAAAAACCAGCCUGGGAUCCCGAAAAUCUGAAAAUCCCCCAGAGUGGGAGAUGCACGCCCGGCUCUGCUCCGGGAAAUCCGGGUUCUGACCCCAAAAACAGCCUGGGAUCCUGAAAAUCCCACUGGAAAAUCAGCCUGGGAUCCUGGAAGUCUGAAAAUCCUGCUGGAAAAUCUGAAAAUCCUGGUGGAAAACUUGAAAGUCCUGCUGGAAAAACUCAAAAUCCUGCUGGAAAAACUCAAAAUCCUGCUGGAAAUAUGAAAAUCCUGCCAGAAAAAUGAAAAUCCUGCUGGAAAAAUGAAAAUCCUGCCGGAAAAAUGAAAAUCCUGCUGGAAAACCUCCCUGGGAUCCUGAAAAACCCGAAAAUCCCCCUGGAAAACCUCCCUGGGAUCCCAAAAAUCUGAAAAUCCCCCAGAACGGGAGAUGCACGCCCGGCUCUGCUCCGGGAAAUCCGGGUUCUGACCCAAAAACACAGCCUGGGAUCCUGAAAAAUCCCGAAAAUCCUGCUGGAAAACCUCCCUGGGAUCCUGAAAAACCCGAAAAUCCCGCUGGAAAACCAGCCUGGGAUCCCAAAAAUCCUGCUGGGGUAUGAAAAAAACAGCCUGGGAGCCUGAAAAUCCCACUAAAAAAACAGCCUGGGAUCCUGGAAAUGAAAAUCCUGCUGGAAAUCUGAAAAUCCUGCUGGAAAUCUGAAAAUCCUGCUGGAAAACCUCCCUGGGAUCCCAAAAAUCCCGAAAAUCCUGCUGGGAACCCCCCUGGAUUUCCUGGAAAACAGCGGAAUUCUCAAGAAAACAGUGGGAUUUGGAGGAGAAAAGUGGGAUUUGACUGUAGAACAGCGGCAUUCCCAAGGAUCCAGGAGGAACCCAGCAGAAUUCCCAGGAAUUUCCAGGAAAAUCCUGAACUUUUUUCAGAGGGAAAACAGCAGAAUUCCAAGGGAAACCUGGACUGACUGAGAAUCGCCCUCACAGGCGCUAAUUAACUCCGACAGCGCUAAUUAACGACUAACUCGUGCCUAAUUAACCCCGUAGGGACUCCUUUGUACGGACGUAUUUAUUACAAUUAACCCAUUUGGGCCGUUUUUAACCCGACUUUUGCUCCGUUUGGUUGUGCCUGACCGCGAGGCCAUUAAAAACCAGCGACUGUG